AUGCAGACGACGUCCAACGCCACGCUCUUCCAGACCUCGUACUCGGAAGCGCUCGGAGCGUACCGAGCUCGAAAAGCGGUCCACACAUCCGGACUCGUCUCCCCCAACGAUGCGUCCUCCACCUUGACCGCAAAUCAACGCUACGGGUAUCCGAUCCACCUCAAUCCGAACUUUGGCACCGCAGUCGUUGAGAAUCCGGAUGAUCUGGCGGUGGAAGGAUCCGGUGCAGAUGGUGGGAGGUACCGUGUGCUGGAUAUGAAGGUGGACGAGGAAAGGUGGAUAUGGACGAGCGAGGCGGGAGGGGUGGUGAGGCAGGUGGAUGUGGAGAGUGGCGUGGUGAGGGCGGUGUACAGGGGUGCGAAGGCUCCAGUGCCCGGGUUUGAUUUUAUCACGACGGAGGGAGGUGGAAAGUUGUUGGUCACGGGAUCGUGGGAUAGAGCGAUCCGGGUGUACCGCGUUGUCGACCGCAACGAUGACGAUGACAAGGUGGUCUAUCCCACUCCCGUACUGACGGUCCCCAAUGCCAUGGACGACUUUAUCAAGUGCGUACACGUCUUCCUCUCCGACGGCAAACCGUACAUCGCUACCGCUGGAAGCGACAAAUCCAUCAUCGUAUGGGACGCCUCACCCCUCCUCAACUCCUCAACGCCAACCACCCUGCGCUCCCUCCACCAGUCCAAACCCCACCUCCGACCCAUCAACACCCUCUCCUCGCUCACCACCCUCCGCGGAACCACCCACCUCUACUCCGCAGACAGCAUGGGUCGCAUCCUCGAACACACGCUCAACCCCAAAUCCUUACGUCUUGAAGUCCUGCGCGAGAUCCAAGGCUUCUCCACCGCCGUGUACGAUCUCAAGCUCGGCUUCGCACGCGUCGACGAGAGCGACUCUGCCAACUGGAAGGAGGACGAAUUCGUCAGCGAGGUGAAGGAGGAUGACGAGGGGGAGAGGUUUCGUCUGGUUGGAGAGAUAUGGGCGUGUUCCGGGGAUAAAUCUGCUGCGGGGUAUCGACUUUCACCCUCGCUCCAACCAUCUUCCGGCAAAAGCUCCAGCAAAACCAUCCCUCUCGGAACCCAACCUCCUCUCUCCACGCCCUACAUUCACCUCCCGCACACCGAUUUCGUCAAAUCCAUCCUUCCCCUCCCCCUCUUCCCCACCACCAACCUCUCCUCCAUCAUCACCGGUGGAUCCGACGAACACCUCCACAUCUACCCCACCCCCUCCUCACCCCCUAUCCUCAUCGAAGCCCACUGGCACGAGCUCACCUCCCUCGCACUGUACAUCCGUCCCCCCUCACCCAAUUCCCCCAUCCUUCCCCCCUCCUCCACUCCAGAAGUCUGGAUCAUCUCCGCUUCCCUAGACGCCUCCAUCCGCAGAUUCAACCUCGCCACCCUCCCAUCCUUCCCCCCACCGCAACUCGUCAAACCUUCACCAGACGACUCCGAAAAACCACACCAACAACAGUGGAAUCAGUACUCCAUACCCCCCACCGCACACUCAAAACUCCCCACAGACGAUGCAACUCAAAUGACCGCCGAGGAAGAAGCUGAACUGGCAGAACUCAUGGAUAGCGACGACAACUAG